AUGCAAAAUCAAAUGCUCUAAUUGGGCAAAUACUUUAUUAGAGAACUUGAGUUUUAAUAUUCCAAAACGGUGCUUAGUCUUAGUCCUUAUACCAAAGUCUGCGAGAAUGGGGGCAAUCAUAUGAAAAGUUUCAAACAAAAGUAUUUAAUAUUUGUCAUUCUUUUGAGAAUUCCUCCACAAUAUAAGACUAGAGCAAUUUUAAUGAAUAAUUUCCAACGUCUUUAUAGUCACUUUUUGAAAGAAGAAUUUCAAGUAUUAAAAUUGAGGAAACCUUCACUCCACCAAUUUGUUGGUCUGUUUAUUGCUAUUCUUAAUUAAUUUGACUAAGAAUCUAAAAAGCCAUACUAUAAAAAUUGGAUCAGAAACGCAAAUUUAUAAUUCAUAGUUUAAAAUCAUGUAAUUACUUUUUUAAAGCCAUAAUGCAAUAUGUUCAGUAAAGACAAUCGUUACAAGUCUGUGAUUGCAUUUCUGUUUGAUGAUAUCCAAAAGGCAAUACUAUAAUCAUUAGCUAUAAUUGACAUAAACAAUACUAGGAUAAGGUGCAACGAACAUAUUAGAUCUGAUAUCUGA